GGGAGAGGCGUGGAGGGAUUGAGGGGAGAGUCUCAGCCGGAGCCGCUCUCACUGAUCUCGUACCCGGGUCCCUGUCUCCGGAGCCCGCACCAUGAGCGAUCUGAACAUUGUAUACGAGGGGAUCCCGUUCCCCAAGCACGUUGUCUCGGAGGAAAGUCUGAGAUACGCCCGCGAGGAGUUCCAGGUCCGGGACGAAGACGUUUUCAUUGCCACCUACCCCAAAUCAGGUACAACAUGGAUGCAAGAAAUAGUGCCUCUGAUCAUCAGCGGUGGCGAUCUGUCUCCAGUGCUGACCGUCCCAAACUGGCAGCGAGUCCCGUGGCUGGAGCACACCUUCUGUAAAGGCCUACUGGAGGAGAGGCCAUCGCCUCGGCUGAUUACCACACACUUUCAAAGGCACAUGCUCCCAAAGACCUUUGAUAAGUCAAAGGCAAAAAUUAUAUACAUGGCACGAAAUCCAAAGGAUGCUCUUGUUUCAUCUUUCCACUAUCACAAUAUUGCUUCCUUCUUGGACAAUCCAGGCAGCUUUGAUGAGUUCAUUGAUAAAUUUCUGGAAGGAAAAGUACUUUAUGGUUCCUGGUUUGACCACAUUAAAAGCUGGUGGCCAGAAAAAGAUCAGGAGAACUUCUUGUUUCUGACCUAUGAAGAGAUGAAGCAGGACACAUUGAAUACUUUGGCAAAAGUUGGAGAAUUUCUGGGGAAGCAGCUGAGCAGCGAUCUGAUUGACAUGAUUGCAAACCAAACCAAGUUCAACAAAAUGAAGCAGAACAACAUGUCGAACUACAGCUUCGUACCCUCAGACAUCAUCAAUCAAGAGAAAGACAACUUCUUAAGAAAAGGUAUUGUUGGAGACUGGAAGAACCAUUUUACUGAAGCCCAGAUUGAACAUUUUAAUUCAGUGUUUGCUGAAAGAAUGAAAGGAUUGGAUUUUCCAUACUACAAGGACUGAAGGCACAAGAAUUGAUAAUGAACUAACUGUAGACUUCAUAAAAUAUUUACUCAGUUUUUCUUGCUACCACUAAACCUUAUUCACUUUGCAAAGAAUUGUAAUAUUUCAAUCAUGCUUCCCAUUCUUUCUGUAAGGGUGCAAUGUCUCCCAAAUGAUUAUCUAUACAACAGACAUGCUAUUGAAACCUUUGCCUAUAUUUCAAGUCAAGUUUAUUGUCAUUUAAUUAUAUACAUGUAUACAAUCAAAUGAGUCAAUGUUUCUCCAAACCGGGGUGUAAAGCAUGGUGCCCAAUAACUUUGGAAAGUAAUGAUAAAAUCUUUGGAUGGAUUACACAUAAAUAAAGUGCAGAAGUUAAAUAUUGUACGGUACAGAACAGAUUUAAUAAAUUGAAACAGUACUGUGGCGACCCAUUUCCUGGCACAUCCGAACCGGCUCACAAUUAGAUAGCCUACGGGGGUUUGCGUGCACAGAGCUUUGGAGCCUCUGCGCCACGGGGGGCAGGUUGAGAGAGGCUUAAAAAGUGAGGCUGAGGAUUUCGAAUAAAGUUUUUCCUUCGACUGCA